GCAGCGCAGCGAGGAAAAGGAAGAUGUCGUUGACGAUCGCUUACAAUUCGACGCAAUUUUCUUCCGGCAAAACUGCCUCGAAGCAGCUGAAACAGAAAGCGGCCGAGUUCCUAGCAUGCACGCGCUCCACUGCUCCCUUGACGGAAUUGCUAGGCUAUUUGAAGGAAUGCCUUGUACGGAAGGCUCCCAUUACGCCAUGCCUGCUGACGCUAGAGUCCUUGUUCACAGAGUUGCUUCGGCGUAACGAAAUGCGUAUGGCUGUAGGUCGAUCGGCCGGAGUGAGUUUAGAGAACGAUCCGCAGGCAAAUCACAAACAAUGGCUACUCGCGCAGUACAAGGAAGCAUUCGUGAUUAUCGUGAGCGCCAUGAAUCACGAAAAACAGCAGGAGUCAUGCCAAGCUCUCACCACGGCGAUGAAAUUGCUCGUCGCCGAGGCCCACAACCCGCCGGAAGCGUCGGGGGAAGGAAACCAAUUCCCCGCGGCUAGACUAAAACAGAUCUUCAUCGCGAUGCUGUCGUUGGAGCGCAUUAACACGCAUCUGUUCAACCGGUUCCUGGAGUAUACGUUCUAUCUGGACGUUAUCUUCUUUUCCUGGAAAAUGAUGCUCUCCCUGGUGCCUCGUGAUGGCGUACCGAGUGACAUUUUCGUGCAGAACUUCCUGCUCAUGAUUGGGGCGGUAGCAUUCGGAAAGGACUCGCUCAAGGAAACGGACAACGUUUUGUGUGUGCCACUGAGAGGUCCUUUCGACUACGUGUACGUGCGUAAGCAGAUCAACAAGACGUGGAGCUUCGUGAUGAAUUGGCCUCUCAGUGAGGAGGCCCACCAGCAGCUACUGAUCGUACUGCUGGAGAAGGUUCUUCCCCAUCUCGAUCGUCCGGUAAUGCUGACCGAUUUUCUCAUGGAUUCACUGGACGUCGGAGGCUCGGUCAGCAUGCUUGCGCUCCAAGGAAUCUUCGUUCUCAUCCAGCAGCAUAAUCUCACUUACCCGAAUAUCUACGAGAAGCUGUACUCGAUGUUUGAGCCGGAAAUUUUCCACACCAAGUUCAAGGCCCGCCUGUUCUACCUGGCCGAUAUCUUUCUCACCUCGAGCCAUCUUCCGGAGGGGCUGGUGGCUGCGUUCGUGAAGCGUCUUGCCCGGCUCGCCCUGAUUGCUCCCCCGCAGGAUGUGGUAAUCAUCAUGCGCUUCGUUGGAAAUCUGAUUCUGCGUCACCCGGCGCUGAAGAGGCUUAUCUUCCAUCCAACUGGUGGCGAGGCAUCGUGCGAUCCGUUUGUGAUGGAAGAACGAGACCCAAUGAAGUCGAAGGCCUUGGAAAGCUCGCUGUGGGAAGUGGCGGCCCUGCAAAACCACGUACUGCCAUCGGUCGCCAUGGCGGCCAAAUUUAUCGCCAAUCCGCUCCCGAGCGUAGAAUGGGAUCUUUCCUCCGUAUUAGAAAUCAACGAAAAUGACAUUUUUGAUAAAGAGAUCGCUAAAAAAACGAAAGAGUUUGCCUUAAACAUAGAACGCCCGACGGGCAUGUUUGGAAUUUGCGGUGGCGAACUUUCCUCACAGUACUGGAAGCUCUUCUAAUGGCCUUUCACAUGCGUACUCGGCUUUUUCGUUUUAGCAGCAGAUGCAGGAAAAGGAAGUAACCGCGGUGGUGAGCGUGCCCGUAUCGGCGAGAAGAGGGGUUCUUAUCGAUGUGUGAUUUCUCAGACACUUUACAAAAGCCUUUACUUUUUUACUUAGUAAAGGAUGGCUGUCUAGAGCAAAAGCACUGUGGUUUCUUUUGACUCUAAUUGAGCUUAAGGUGGAAAGUAGAAAGAUGAACGGUUUGUGUUUACCAUCCACUCGUGUUGGUAGCUUUUUCUGAUUGAAUGUUCCAAAUCGAAAAAGCGAAACAAGAAUUAAUGAUCAAUACUAAUAACAUAGCCACACAAGCAUCAGCCUAAAAGCACCUUACAGAACAGAAAGUCUAUUAUUUAUUUUUUAAAUGAUCUUAGAAACGAUAUAAUUAUUAUACUAAUAACCCAACAUGCAGUAAACAAAACCAUACCACAUAGUCAUACAUGACCGAGUCAAGAAGUCUAAGAAACCUUCCGGAAUCUGCAGCGAAUUGGUGAAAUAGAAUAUACAACUGAA